CCGAGGAUCCGCCGAGCCAGCGGGAGGACGAGGAAAGGAGAAAGGGGGUGACGAUGACGGCGGGGAGGUUCGGGUAACCGGACACCGACUGUUGGAGCGGCUGCUGUCCGCUCACAAGACACCGAGUCCGGCAGCAGAGACGCAGAGGACUUGAAGGAAGUCUUCAACACUCCAUGGCGGACUUCUGGCCGCUUUAAAGCCGCCUCACUGCGGACACCUCACCAACUAAUUAGCGGACAACAGCCGGCGCGAUGAAGAAGAACCACUUACUGACUCCGCGUCCACACGAGCCGGAGUGGCAGCCCGGCCAACAUGACAAGGUGGGCUGGGUCAGGCGCUUUUGUGGCAGAGGGAUCUUCAGGGAGAUCUGGAAGAACCGCUUCAUGGUCCUGAAGGGAGAUCAGCUGACGCUCUGCGAGAAGGAGGGAAAGGAAGUGGCUGAUGAGGUUUUGGAGCUGAGUGACUACGAGCGCUGUGAGGAGAUGAAGAACAACAAAAGUCGCAGUAAAAAGAACCACAGCAAGUUCCGACUUCAACGCUGCUGCUCGCUAGGGAACACGGUUUCUAACGUGAUCUUCCUGGCAGUGAGUCCUGAAGACAAAGAGUCAUGGAUUAACGUUCUUAAUGUCGCCAUCACUCGAGCCAAGAACCGAGUCCUUGAUGAGGUCACGGUAGAAGACGCUCACCUCUGUCACCUGACUCGAGACAGAGCCAGGAUUUCUCACAACCGACGUCUGCCGAGCAGAGGUCACCUGCUGGCCGUGGCCUCGUCUUCAGACGGUAUGAUGACUCUGGAUCUGAUUCAGGAGGAGGACAUUUCGGCAUCGCCUGACAACCGCGACGGCUGUCGGGUCCACGUGGUUGAAUCUCAGUCGCCCCCGGACUGUCGCAGGACCGGAACAGACGGUGCCUUCUUCAUCAGGACUGCCGAAACCUCUGGGAAGUCACAAAGUCUUCCUCGCGAGGGGGCAGUGGCCUGGGAGCAAAUGGGUGCCAGCUGGACAUCCGGGUCGGCAAAAGCUUUAAGGACAGCAAAUAAGAACCGCUGCGCCUCCAUGGACGAGAUCCUGGGCCAUUCGGAGAAGAACCGGACUAUGUUUACACCUCGCACAGGUGCCUCGACUCCCAUCAGCCACUUGCAGGAGCUCAUCGGCCUCAAAUUGGCACGGACAGAGCAGCUCCUGGAGGCCACGCGGGACCAACCCGAAGGGGAAGACAGGAAUGUGGCGGAGGACAUGAGAGCAAAAGCGGAGAGACUACUAAAGGAGGCGGUGGAGGCCCUGGAUCAGGCUCACAAGGUGCUGGAGGAGGUGAAGGAGCUCAGGGAACUGUACAGCCAAUUGGAUACUACUAGCACCGACCAGAGUCCAAGACCCAGAACCUGAAAAAGCAGCUUUUGAAAACUGAACCAGCCGCUUUCUUUGGACAAAAUUACUCGGGUCCUAGCGGGUCAGCAGCUGGUCCGAACACAAUCAGCUUGCCAUGUUUGGUGUGGACAUGGUCACCGGACUUGAUCUCCUGUCAACCAUAGUGCUGAGGUUAUUAGAAGGUGCAAUAUUAGGCUUAUGCUAAUGAAUGCUACUAAAACUGCGAACAAGCUAAACUUAGCACUAACAGAGGUGGGAAGAGUAACCAACAGUAACUUUACUGAAGAGUAAUAUGACUCAAGUAAAAGGUAACUGUAAGAAACUUCUGGUUAAUUUAGUUGCUAUUUAAUGGUACUUGCACUACCUACUACAGCAGGGGUGUCCAAAGUGUGGCCCGGGGGCCAUUUGCAAUGCGCAACUUCUUUUAUCACAUUCUAAAGACAAAAUAAAAGCAUUGAGGUUACAACAUUACACCAAAAAACUAGAAUAUGUAAAUUUGGGAGAAAGUGUGUGUUGAAUGCAGUAAUGUGCAAGCCACUGAAAGGCUCAAGCCCAACUUGAACGCUAACGUUAGCAUGCUAACAGAAUGCGUCAAGUACCAAGUCGUGUCUAGGAAGCAUACACAUGUAAAAUUUGGUAAAAAAGUUAGCAUGCUAACAGUUAACAUGUAUUAAGUACCGGUACCAAGUUAUGUUGCUCUGAGGUGAUCGGCUAUAAGAUUGGAACAAACAUUUGCAUUCUACAAUGCUCUUGUUAACUUGCUAACAGUUCGCAUGUGUCAAGUACCAAGUCAAAUGACUGAGGUGUGCGGCAGCACAAAUAGCUUAAAGGGUUAGCAUGGCAAUGUUAGCAUUAUAGCAUGCUAACAUUAGCUUGCCAACAGUUAGCCUGUAUCAAGUACCAAGUUAUAUGGGUCUGAGGUGUUCACCUGUAAAAUUGGCUACACAAGUCAGAAUGCUAGAAUGCUAUUGUUCCCAUGCUAACAGUUCCCAUGUGUCAAGUACCAAGUCAGAUAACUGACAUGUUCGGCAGCAAAAUUGCCCCAAAAAAAGUUAGCAUGGUAAUAUUAGCAUUCUAGCAUGCUAACGCUUGCUUGCUAACAAUUAGCAUGUAUCAAGUACCAAGUUAUGUUACUCUGAGGUGUUGGCUGCAAAAUUGGCUAUUCAGGUUACCAGGCUAGAACGCAAUUGUUAGCUGAAGUGGUCACCUGUAAAAUUGGCUACAAAAAUUAAAAUGCUAAAAGUUAGCAUGUGUCAAGUAGCAAGUCAAAUGACUGAGGUGUUUGGUUGCGAAAUUGGCUAAAAAAGUUAGCACGUUAAUGUUAACAUUCUAGCAUGCUAACAGUUAGCAUGUAUCAAGCACCAAGUUAAGUUACUCUGAUAUAUUGGCUGCAAAAUUGGCUAUUCAAGUUACCAGGCUAGAACGCAAUUGUUGGCAUGCUAACAGUUCGCAUGUCUCAAGUACCAAGACAGAUGACUGAGAUGUUCGGCAGCAAAAUUGGCAAAAAAAAAAGUUAGCAUUUUAAUGUUAGCAUUUGAGCAUGCUAACAUUAGCUUGUUCAGCUGUAAAAUCAGCUACACAAGUUAGCAUGCUAACAGUUCACAUCAGUCAAGUAGCAAGUCAAAUGACUGAGGUGUUCGGCAGCAAAAUUGGCUAAAAAUGUUAGCAUACUAAUGCGCGCAUGCUACCAACUAACGUGUCAAGUCCCAAGUUAUCGGACUUAUUGGAUACAACUGCAAAAAUGGCUAAAAACGUUAGCAUGCGUCAAGUACAAAGUUACAUGACUGAGGUGUUCACAUGCUAGCAUGCUAACAUUAGCUUGCAA